GCUCCUCUCCGGCCCGCCGCCCGGUGCCGGUUCCUGUGUCCGUUCCCGCUGCACGUCCCUGUGUUCCCUCGUAGGCCCGGUGCCCGCGGCGCGUCCCCGGCACGAUGUCUCGAAGAUAUGACUCCAGAACUACCAUAUUUUCUCCUGAAGGUCGCCUGUACCAGGUGGAAUAUGCCAUGGAAGCCAUUGGACAUGCAGGCACUUGCCUGGGAAUUCUGGCAAACGACGGAGUCCUGCUGGCAGCAGAGAGACGCAACAUCCACAAGCUGCUCGAUGAAGUGUUUUUCUCAGAGAAAAUAUACAAACUUAAUGAGGACAUGGCUUGCAGCGUUGCAGGAAUUACUUCAGAUGCCAAUGUUCUGACCAACGAGCUGCGACUGAUUGCACAGAGGUAUUUGUUACAAUAUCAAGAGCCCAUUCCCUGUGAACAACUAGUAACAGCACUGUGUGAUAUCAAGCAGGCUUACACACAGUUUGGAGGAAAACGUCCUUUUGGUGUGUCGUUGCUCUAUAUUGGCUGGGAUAAGCAUUAUGGAUUUCAGCUCUAUCAAAGUGAUCCUAGUGGAAAUUAUGGAGGCUGGAAAGCUACAUGCAUUGGGAAUAACAGCGCUGCAGCUGUGUCAAUGCUAAAGCAGGACUACAAAGAAGGAGAAAUGACCUUAAAGACUGCCCUGGCCUUGGCCAUCAAGGUCCUGAACAAAACCAUGGAUGUCAGCAAGCUCUCCGCAGAGAAAGUUGAAAUUGCAACACUGACCAGAGAGAACGGAAAGACAGUGAUAAGGGUUCUGAAGCAAAAGGAGGUGGAACAAUUGAUUAAACAACAUGAGGAGGAGGAAGCAAAAGCUGAACGUGAAAAGAAGGAAAAGGAACAAAAAGAGAAGGAUAAAUAGAGUAUGAAAUCAAGUGUUCUCUAGAUAAUAAAGGACCUGCUUCAGUAAAAGAUAAUCUGGAUUUCUGUCUGGUAGAAGCCUACAGCUACGCCAUGGAGGACCCAGAAUUACUUUUGAUGAACCAGGUCCUUAAUCAUCAUUUAGAUAAUUAGUUUACUGCUCCUUACGUUGACCAAUAAUUGCUUUAAUUCUCGAACACUCUAUUUCUUUCAUCUUCUAUUUUUUUUUUUAUGGAAUAAAAUUUAAGAAGAAUAGCGAUGGGUGUCUUUAUUUCCUUAGUAAUGCCUGGAUAUGCACAAUCUUGAGGAAUUUAUUCGCUUUAAACCAUUAAAACAAGGUAUAUGCUAGUUGGUAAAGAACAAAUAUGGUGUUAGAAUUGUUAGAAUUUUGUGUGUAUGUGUGGGUUUUCCUUUUAAGGUAGUGAAAAGAGCUCCAUAGUUUGAGAAGUCAUUUCACAAAUACAGAAUUAAAGUGUGCUGGCAUGCCAAGUUUUAGUUUUGGCCUAUUUUGUUCUAUAUCAGGCUCUGUCAAACUGAUGGUCUUGCAAGCAGUAGUGUUUUAAAAAUGCCCUGUAGCAAAUGUGUUCAGUUUAUCAUAGCCUUCACCAGUGCAUGUGUUUUCUAAGAAAUUAAUCAUACAACACGAGCUGUAUUCACACAAACUAGAAAGACAUUUUACAAAGGCCAUGUGAAAAUGUUAAUCUAUCUUGUCAGAAUAAAAAUAGGUAAAUAAAAGAGUGCAUGAUUUUAGGCCAUGUUGACUAUUUCACAUUUUAUCCUGAAAGGAAGUUGAGAUGUUUUAUGUUUAGCUUGGUGUUGCUGAUAUGUCCUCAGAGAAUUUGGUUCCCUUUUCAGGCACAACGGUCUUAAAAAAUACCAAUUAACCACCUGAGAAAUCAUAAUGUUUGUGCAUGAAUUAGAAAUUAUAAUAAUUUUUGUCCAGCUUGCCCCUAUACUGAAUGCAAGAAAGUGUACUUGUCAGAUUAGCAAAAAUCUCUUCUGGAAAAAAAACCAGAGGAAAUGAAAACAAGUUAUUGAAAAUUAUUGUGCACCCUUUCAGAUCUCAAAAGCAAAGUGAAAAGCUCAAGUGACCUGGUUAAAUGUGAGGCCUUACUUGCUGAAUUUCCAGCUGUGACGCUGGUGAUCCAGCCCCUUUGUGCCCACCCUGGAUUGUAUCGAUCUUGUGGCUUUUUUGGUUGGUUGGUUUGGUUUGUUGGGAGUUUUACCCCAAAGGUUAUGUGAUGUGGACAGGAUUGAAUAUGACCAUUUAAAGAAACUCAGUGAAUCCAUGCAGUGUUUUGUUGUUAAUCCAUCCCAGACAUUUUUGACUAAAAUGUACUUUGUCAACAUGGCCAGAAAUGACCCUUCAUCUCCACUAAACCCAUUUUUGAGCUCGCUGCUGUAAGAGUCACUGUUGAGAACAGAGGGAAGGAAUCUGCCUUGAGGUGUCUGUGCUGCAGCUGGUGCAGAUGCCCUGAGCUCUGGCAGCCUCUGCAGGGACAGCAGGGCUGGCUGGGGGCUCUCUCCAGGCUGCAGGACCUGCUUGCUCAUUAUGGCUCAGUGCAGGCCAAUUGCUUUAGUCCUUUGUACUGAACUUAGACAGCACAUGGUUAAUAUUCAAAUUUUACAGCCAGUAAAAGUUCCACUGACUCUUCUUUACACCCUGUGCUACAGCAGGUCUUCCAAACUAACACAGGAAUGGUAUUUCAUGUAAGGAGCCCUGAACAGUUGCAGACAACGUGCAAUGGGUAAGAUUCAAUCUCCAUCAUAAAGGGUUGUAUAAAUACCUCAAGCUCCAUUUUUAUGUAGAAUUCCAGUGCUCAGUCUUUCUAUUUUUUGAUACCAUGAAUGCAAUAUAUCAGCAUCUUUUUGCAGAUUUCUGGAUCACUGAUGAUGGUUAUACAAGUGCUUGGAAUAUGCUCUAAAACAGCAAUGCCAAAAUGGAGUUUUGUCUCAUUUCUCAAAGAUGACUUGCAACAAAACGUGAUGGGCUCCAGCAAUGCUUUCUGUCUUUGGGGAAACCAGGAGAGCAUCUGAGCUUGUGUUCAUCGAUGUAUAUAGACCAUACAAGGCAGUUUGUUCAGUGGAGUAGUGUAAGUAUUAUUAGUUAGCUUAGGAUAUAGACUUAUUGAAAUAUUUUUUUGUAAAUGCAUCUUUUUCUAACAAAAUGGGGAUAAUCUUUGUUUAAAGAACUACCAAUAGCAUUUCUUUGCCAAACACUGCAUAAUUUGCUGUUAAAGGAGAACUGUUUAGAUACUGUAAUAACAAAGAAUUUGGAAUGACUUAAGUAAUUUUCUGAUCUGUACUCCAUUAUGUCUUGAAGCGUUGUGUAGUUACACUAAAUUUUAAAAGUUCUAUUUAUUUAAAGGUUUUGUUUACCCAAAGUAAAAGUAGUGUCAAGUACUUUAUGAGUAUAAUCUUUGAACAGUAAUUACCAAUUUAAUUUAAAAAACCCUCAUCUCUCCUGAGUGCCAUUAAUAGCUGAUUGUGAGCUGAGCCUCGGUACUGCCUUGGAACAGGCAAGUAACUCCAGCUGGCACUCCUGUCCAAGUUGUACAGCAAAGUUCUCCUGAAAUAAAUUUAAUUUCUGAUUUUUUUCUGCAUUUGAGCCUAGGGCAAUAAGCAGAUGCUGGGGAUCUCUCAUGACUAGAAUCUUCCUGAGCCAUCCUUGCAAGUUCCUUACCUGUUCUUCCUAGAGAUAAGAGCAGUGUUUGACUGCAUUGGCCUAUUGUGUUGAUUCUGGCUUUGUGUGUUUAAACAAAAAAACCUAAAAAAAAAAUCACCACCAUCUGUGCCUUUUCUGGGAGUGGUUUGGGGAUAAGUCGUAAGAACAGAAAAUGAUUCUGGCGAUACAUUUGAGGUAUCUUUGCUAAUCAAAAGAUCUUCCUGUUCUUUGUAUGUUUUUUUUUGGUGUACGUAGUGUUUACGUAGAGUUUACAGUGUAUUACAUAAAUAUUUCAAAUAUUUAGCUAUUGCUGUGGCUUAAUUGUUAUUUUAACACCAGAACUUUGUGUGGUGCUGUGGAAGGUGACAAAUUUUUCACAUUAGGUAGACGUAUUUACUUGAAACUGUUUGCAUAAUAUGAUGUUUGUAAACUUAAAAACUGGGUAGCUUAUAUCUCACGUGACUGCAUGAUAGAACUUGAUAGGGCAAAUAUGCAAAUAUUCACAAAUAGAUUGUCCUAAGAAAUUGUAACGUGGUUUGUUAUUCUAAGUAGCUUAAGAGGCAAUGAAACUACUGCUUCUCCAGUGAUAUCUGUGCUGUCCUUGCAUCUGUCAGUGUUUAAAAAGAGAGUUAGCUUGUUUUCUAGGUGACUGUAUCCUGCUCAAAUAAAGUCAAACUUACUUCUAA